AUGGCGUUGCUGGGCCCGGAGAUCUUGUUCCGCGGCUUCCGCUUGGACCCGACGCCGCUCGAGGCCACCACCUACUACCUGCCGCAGCUCCUCGCCGGCGCGCCGAUGCACGAAGCCAUCCGCCCCUUCAUCCACCACGCCGACGUCUACGCCUGCGAGCCCGGCGAGCUCGCCCGCCUGUUCCGGCCGUUGCCCAAAACCGGGCACCGCUUCUUCUUCACCCACUGCAAGCUCCAGCAGCCGCACAGGGCUGGGAAGGCCAGCAAGGCCACGCGCGCCGCCGGCGCAGGGUCGUGGCACUCGCAGGGCGUGACGGACGUCGUGGACCUCAAGGAAGUGAAGGUCGGCGAGAUGAGGAAGCUGCGGUACAAGAAGGGCGGCGCGUACACGGACUGGCUCAUGGAGGAGUACUCGUGCAGUCGUGCUGCUUGCAGGACGCCGUCGUGGGCGACAGGCAGCUCCGCGGCGCGCCAAGAAUCCGCCGCCUUCUUCGCGCCACCUGCGCCUGCGCCUGCCCCCGCCGUGAUCGCGCAGGUGCCGCCGCAGCCUCUCAAGAGGCCAGCGCCGCAGGUUGCCGAACCGCCGUGCCCCAAGCGGACGCGGGGUGCCGUCGUCGCCCUGAACCCUCCAGUCAUCGUCGCCGGCGCCAGCUCCGACCUAUCUUGCAGCGCCGCCGAGGCGCACGCCGGCGCCCGCACCACCGCAGCCAGUUGCGCAGCCAAGGCAGCAGAUCUUUCUCGGUGGCGUGGCUCCUCUGUCGACUCCCUCGGUGAUAGGAUCAUCGCCGGCCUCAGCUCAGCGUCCGGCGCCACGGCGCCACCCCCGACCCGUCUUUCUGCGCCGCCGAGGCGCACGCCGGCGCCCGCACCCCCGCGGCCGCUUGGGCAGCCUAAGCAGCAGAUGCCACCACCGAUUCCCCUGGUGGUACGUUCCUGCCACAUGCCAGUGCAAGCACCGGCACACCACUGCGGGCCUCAGCCAUCCGCGCACACGAAGAACACACGUGAUCCUUUUGAAGCCGCUGAACUGAGAGACGAAGCAGAGGACGACUUCGACGAGGACGACUUGGCAAAGGCCCUAGAUGAGGCCGUGCCGACCGCCGAAGCAGAGGAGGAAGCGCCCGCCAAUUCAACGAUGGCUGACGACGAGAUGGAGCAGCAUUUGCUCUCGUUGUUGGGCAACGACACUGUCAUCGUGCCCAAAGAAGAGAUCCCGGAUGCAAUUGCAUAUGAAGGCAUUCUUGCUUAG